AUGGUGAAUCACGGAGAAGGAAACUCCGCCCCCCUCGUGACGUUCAGUUUUCUGUUUCUUUUUUUUAUAAAUAUUAUUUUUCUCCUUUCACCGGUGGACCAUCCUGAACAAUCCCGGACCAUCCCGGACAAUCCCAGACCAUCCCGAACCAUCCCAAACAAUCCCGAACAAUUCCGGACCAUCCCGAACAAUUCCGGACCAUCCCGAACAAUCCCGGACCAUCCCGAACCAUCCCAAACCAUUCCGAACAAUCCCGGACCAUCCCGAACAAUCCCGGACCAUCCUGAACAAUCCCGGACCAUCCCGGACAAUCCCAGACCAUCCCGAACCAUCCCAAACAAUCCCGGACCAUCCCGAACAAUCCCGAACAAUUCCGGACCAUCCCGAACAAUUCCGGACCAUCCCGAACAAUCCCGGACCAUCCCGAACCAUCCCAAACCAUUCCGAACAAUCCCGGACCAUCCCGAACAAUCCCGGACCAUCCCGAACAAUCCCGGACAAUUCCGGACCAUCCCGGACCAUCCCGAACAAUCCCGAACCAUCCCGAACAAUCCCGGACCAUCCCGAACAAUCCCGAACAAUCCCGAUCAAUCCCGGACCAUCCCGAUCAAUCCCGAACCAUCCCGAACAAUCCCGAACAAUCCCGAACAAUCCCGAACAAUCCCGAUCAAUCCCGGACCAUCUCGAACAAUCCCAAACAAUUCCGGACCAUCCCGGACCAUCCCGAACCAUCCCGAACAAUUCCGGACCAUCCCGAACAAUCCCGGACCAUCCCGAACAAUCCCGGACCAUCCCGAACCAUCCCAAACCAUUCCGAACAAUCCCGGACCAUCCCGAACAAUCCCGGACCAUCCCGGACCAUCCCGAACAAUCCCGGACCAUCCCGAACAAUUCCGGACAAUUCCGGACCAUCCUGGACCAUCCCGAACAAUCCCGAACCAUCCCGAACAAUCCCGGACCAUCCCGGACCAUCCCGGACCAUCCCGAACAAUCCCGGACCAUCCAGGACAAUUCCGGACCAUCCCGAACAAUCCCGGACAAUUCCGGACCAUCCCGGACCAUACCGAACCAUCCCGAACAAUCCCGAACAAUCCCGAUCAAUCCCGGACCAUCCCGAUCAAUCCCGAACCAUCCCGAACAAUCCCGAACAAUCCCGAACAAUCCCGAACAAUCCCGGACCAUCCCGAACAAUCCCGAACAAUCCCGAUCAAUCCCGGACCAUCUCGAACAAUCCCAAACAAUUCCGGACCAUCCCGGACCAUCCCGAACAAUCCCGAACCAUCCCAAACAAUUCCGGACCAUCCCGAUCAAUCCCGGACCAUCCCGAACAAUCCCGGACCAUCCCGAACAAUCCCGAACAAUUCCGAACCAUCCCAAACAAUCCCGAACAAUUCCGGACCAUCCCGAACAAUCCCGAACCAUCCCGAACAAUCCCGAACAAUUCCGGACCAUCCCGAACAAUCCCGAACAAUUCCGGACCAUCCCGAACAAUCCCGGACCAUCCCGAACAAUCCCGAACAAUCCCGGACCAUCCCGAACAAUCCCGGACCAUCCCGAACAAUCCCGAACAAUUCCGGACCAUCCCGAACAAUCCCGAACAAUUCCGGACCAUCCCGAACAAUCCCGAACCAUCCCGAACAAUCCCGAACCAUCCCGAACAAUCCCGAACAAUCCCGAACCAUCCCGAACCAUCCCGAACAAUCCCGAACAAUCCCGGACCAUCCCGAACAAUCCCGGACCAUUCCGAACAAUCCCGGACCAUCCCCAACAAUCCCGGACCAUCCCGAACAAUCCCGAACCAUCCCGGACCAUCCCGGACCAUCCCGGACAAUCCCGGACAAUCCCGGACCAUCUAGAACCAUCCCAAACCAUCCCGGACCAUCCUGGACCUUCCCGGACCAUCCCGGACCAUGCCAAACCAUCCCGGACCAUCCAGGACUAUCCCGGACCAUCCCCCAGCCUGUGACUGGACAGUGA